GCUCGGAAGAUGGUGCAGCAGCCGGCGGCGGGCGGCUCGGCCAGGAGGGGCGGCGGGGGGCGCGGCGAGGCGGCCGAUAGCGGCAUCAGCGACAUGAGCGCGGCGUCCAGCCCCAACCCCUGGAGCGGGACCCCGGGCCGCGGGGAGGACGAGGGCGCGGGCUGUCAGCCCGACUGGUGCAAGACGCCGAGCGGGCACAUCAAGCGGCCGAUGAACGCCUUCAUGGUGUGGUCGCAGAUCGAGAGGAAGAAGAUCAUGGAGCAGGUGCCGGACAUGCACAACGCCGAGAUCUCCAAGCGGCUGGGCAAGAAGUGGAAGAUGCUGAAGGAGGCGGAGAAGAGCCCGUUCAUCCGGGAGGCGGAGCGGCUGCGCCUCAAGCACAUGGCGGACUACCCCGACUACAAGUACCGGCCGCGGAAGAAGGUGCGGGGCGACCCGGCCUCGGCCGCGCCCGGCCCCGGACCCGACCCCAAGCCCCACAAGAAGCCGCCCGGCAAGAAGCACAGCCGGGCGCACAAAGCCAAGCAGCUGCUGGAGCGCUCCAAGGCCAAGCGCGCCAAGGCGGCGGGCCAGCACGACCAGCUGGGGCCGAGCGGCCGCCGGCUGCAGCCGCCCGACCUGGAGUCGGAGCCCGAGCCCGAGGAGGAGGAGGAGGAGGAGGAGGAGGAGGACGAGCCCGAGGAGGAGCCCGAGCCCGAGCUGCUGCACUACUGCCUGGCCGGCAAGAAGGCGGGCGCCGAGCCCAGGACCCCCGGGCGCCCGGCGCUGCUGCCCGCCGCCGCCCGGCCGCCCGACGACUGCGACCAGCAGCUGCUGCUCUUCGACCUGAGCCUGAACGUGGCGGCGGGCGGCGGGCUGUCCGGCCCGGGCGGCGGGCUGUCCCUGGACAAGGACAGCGACUCGCUGGCCGGCGGCAGCAGCCCCGUGUCCCACUUCGAGUUCCCCGACUAUGGGACCCCCGAGGUGCGCAAAAUGAUCUCAGGAGACUGGCUGGAAAUCGAGUCCAACAUUUCCUACUAGGUUGACGGGCCGAGCCGGGCGUCGCCCCCUCCCUCUCCUCCCGGCCGGCUCCAACACAUUGGAUGCAAUUCCUUCCCCGCAGGAUGGACGCCGUCUCCCUCCCUGCCUCCAUCCCUCCCUGUCUCCAUCCCUCCCUCUCUCCCCCGAAUGCACCCGCUGGAAGCUGGUCCCACCACGGUUCGCCUGCGAGAUGAUCCCUGGAAGCUGGUCCCACCACGGUUCGCCUGCGAGAUGAUCUUGCAAACCUUCCCUGGGCGAAGCAGUUGCCCGUGUGGUGCCAGAGGAGUUCUCCACCUCGCCGUGGAUGUGGCGGUGGGAGGGAGGGAGGGAGAUG